AUGUCGCACGAGGUCUUAACUGGCUUGUCGUGCUUCACGAUUGCCGAAGCCCAGAAGCUGUUGGCCCGCAUCAAUGAGCUGAGCCAGGCCAAGGUCAACGACAUCCGCGGCCACUGGCUGUACUUCGUUGACUUCAAGGCCUCCGCUGCUGCCAGCCUCGACCAGGUCAAGCAGCUGCUCGAGCUGGACUACGCCGGCGACUUCUCCGCCGCCGAGACCAAGCCCAACGCCCUCAGCAUCUACGUCACCCCCCGCAACACCAUCUCGCCAUGGAGCUCCAAGGCCACCGCCAUUGCCCACGUCUGCGGCCUGAAGGACACCGUCAACCGUAUCGAGCGGGGCCGCCGCAUCACCAUCGAGUUCGACGGGCCCUACAGCGGCGAGCAGGCCCUGUCCUUCCGCGACGUCAUCUACGACCGCAUGACCGAAUCCCUGACCUUCGAGCCCCCGAGCACGACUGAAAUGUUCAGUGAAGGCGCCCAGUCUCCACUCGUAGUCGUCGACAUCUUCGCCAGUGACCGUGAGCCCCUUGCUGUUCUGCAGGAGUACAACCAGAAGAAGGGCCUGGGUCUUGACCAGGCCGAGAUGGAAUACCUAGUCGGUGUCUUCACCAAGCUCGGCCGCCCGCCGCAUGAUGUUGAGCUGUUCAUGUUUGCCCAAGUGAACUCUGAGCACUGCCGACACAAGGUUUUCAAUGCAAACUGGACCAUCGACGGACAGCGCAUGGAUAAGAGCCUCUUCGAGAUGAUCAAGAAUACCCACAAGGCCACUCCUGACUAUACCGUCUCGGCCUACAGUGACAAUGCUGCCGUAUUGCAAGGAGAGGUUGCAAACUACUGGGCUCCCGACUACAACUCAGGUUCAUGGAAAUUGACCAAGGAGGUAGUCCACAUGCUUGCCAAGGUUGAGACACACAACCACCCAACUGCUAUAUCUCCUUUCCCAGGUGCCGCAACAGGUUCUGGUGGCGAGAUUCGUGACGAGGCUGCCGUGGGUAAGGGUUCUACCACAAAGGGUGGCUUGGCUGGUUUCUGGGUCUCGGACCUCUUGAUUCCAGGCAAGAAGCAGCCCUGGGAGUUGGACAUUAAGAAGCCCGCCCAUUACGCCAGUAGUCUGGAUAUCAUGCUUGAGGCACCCAUCGGAAGCGCCCGUUUCAACAACGAGUUUGGUAGACCUUGUCUUACUGGCACUUUCCGAACCCUUCUUACGGCCGAGGAACAUGCCAACAAGGGCGACUGGCGUGGCUACCACAAGCCGAUCAUGAUUGCCGGCGGUGUGGGAACAGUGAGGCCCGACAACGCCCUGAAAGAUGAGUCCGACGUCCACGAUGGCGCCCAUGUGAUUGUCCUCGGAGGUCCAGCCAUGCUGAUCGGCCUGGGCGGUGGUGCUGCUUCAAGCAACCAGUCUGUCGAAGCAAGCGCCGACCUAGACUUCGAUAGUGUGCAGCGAGGAAACCCCGAAAUGGAGAGAAGGGCACAAAUGGUGAUCAACACAUGUGUUGCCCUUGGCAAGGAAAACCCUAUUGCCAUGAUCCACGACGUCGGCGCUGGUGGAUUGUCGAAUGCUCUGCCGGAGCUUGUGAAGGACGCCGGCUUUGGUGGCAAGUUCGAAUUGCGCCAGGUUGAUCGUACCGGCAACAUGAGUCCUCUUGAGAUAUGGUGCAACGAAUCUCAAGAGCGAUAUGUCCUACUUGUAAACAAGGAAGGCAUGAACCAGUUCACCCGGAUCUGUCAGAGGGAAAGAUGCGGUUUCUCCAACGUGGGAACAGUCGUUUCGAAAGACGGGAACGGCGAUGCGAGCUUGAUUCUCACCGAUAGAGAGUCUUCUGAGCACCCUGUCCCCAUUGAUCUGCCCAUGGAUGCCCUUUUCCCACCCGGCAGGAGGCUGGAGAAGGACGUUGAGACCGUUCAAAAGAAACUGAGUGCUUUUGAGCCCGCAGCAAGUUUGCAGGAGAAGUUCAGCAUCUCUGACAUGGGUUCUGCAAUUUCCAAAGCCACAGAACUAGUGUUCAACCUCCCCUCUGUUGGGUCCAAGUCAUUCUUGAUCACGAUUGGCGAUCGGACCGUUGGAGGUUUGACAGCACGCGACCAGCUAGUCGGUCCUUGGCAAGUACCUGUUGCCGACGUGGCCGUCACCUUGACAUCGUUUGCCAUUGACGAAAAGACCCGUCGCGGUGAGGCUAUGGCAAUGGGAGAGAAGCCGACACUAGCCUUGAUCUCUCCUGCCGCCUCAGCUCGUAUGGCCGUUGUUGAGUCCCUGAUGAACUUGGGUGCUGCCAACAUCAAGAAUGCAACGGACGUUCGAGGUGACCUCCGUCGAGUCAAGCUGUCAGCCAACUGGAUGGCUGCUGUCAAUCACCCUGGAGAGGGCCCGGCCCUGUACGAGGCCGUUAAAGCCAUAGGCAUGGAGCUUUGUCCGCAAUUAGGUGUCUCCAUCCCGGUAGGCAAGGACUCUACGUCGAUGAAAGCUUCCUGGAAAGACAAGGCCACCGGGGAGACGAACAGCGUCACAGCCCCCGUCACGGUUGUCAUUUCUGCAUUCUCCCUGGUGGAGGACGUGCGUAGCACUUGGACGCCUCAACUGCGCCGCACGGAAGAUGUCGGCGACUCCGUGCUCCUAUACGUCGAUCUUGCGGAGGGCCGCAAGGCCAUGGGAGGCUCGGCUCUCGCACAGUGCCUUGGGCAGCUGGGCAACGAGGCACCUGACGUUAGAAACGUCGAACUUAUCAGAGAUUACUUCGAUGCUCUAUCGCAGUUACAUGAGGAGGAUAUCGUCCUUGCGUAUCAUGACAGGUCGGAUGGUGGUCUUCUGGCCACUGUUGCCGAAAUGAUGUUUGCCGGGCGAUGCGGCGCGGAUAUUGCCCUCGACAGCAUAGCCAAAUCCGACUCGGUGACAGACGUCCUCGAAGCUUUGUUCAACGAAGAGCUUGGCGCUGUCUUCCAAGUGAGGAAGGCAGAUGAAACGAGGUUCAUGAAGUGCUUCGCCACCAGUGGACCGCCACCAGGUCUGAUUAAGAAGAUCGGAUUUGUUCGCUCCGCAGCUAAGCAGUCACUCGUCAUUCGACACACGUCUACAGUCUUGGCCGACUUGGAUCGUGUCCAGAUGCAACAGUGGUGGUCGAACACUUCCUACGCCAUGCAGAAGCUCAGAGAUAACCCAGCUUGUGCUGACUCAGAGUUCGACACAAUCGCAGAUUCCAAGGACCCAGGAAUCUCUUACCAGCUCACAUAUGACCCAGCUGACACUGCUCUACCAAUGAUGACCAGUUUCAAGAACCUCAUGGGCGCUAGGCCUCGCGUGGCUAUUCUUCGAGAGCAGGGUGUCAACGGCUACGCUGAGAUGGCGUUUGCCUUCCGUGCUGCUGGCUUCGAUGCCGUCGACGUGAUGAUGACAGAUAUCCUUGAUGGAUAUUCCUUGGAGGGCUUCCGCGGCCUCGCAGCAUGUGGUGGUUUCUCAUAUGGUGACGUACUAGGUGCCGGCCAAGGCUGGGCCAAAUCCAUCCUCAUGCACGAGAAUGCCCGAAGAACCUUUGAGACCUUCUUCAAGCGACCAGACACUUUCAGUCUUGGCGUCUGUAACGGUUGCCAGAUGUUGUCGAGGCUCAAAUCGCUCAUUCCUGGUGCCGAUCACUGGCCAACAUUUGUCGAGAAUACAAGCCAGCAGUUCGAAGGACGCUUCUCCAUGGUCCAGAUCAAGGAGGAUAAGCCGUCUGUCUUCUUCGAUGGCAUGAGCAGCUCGUCUUUCCCUAUCGUCGUGUCCCAUGGCGAGGGCAGAGCAGAGUUCUCGUCCCCCAACGCUCUUCAGUCACUGAGCGACAACGGUCUCAUCCCCAUUCGUUACGUCGACAACUACGGCUCCGUGACUGAGAAGUACCCGUUCAACCCCAACGGCAGUCCCCAAGGUAUUGCUGGUGUCAAGAGCCGCGACGGCCGUGUCGUCGCGAUGAUGCCGCAUCCCGAGCGCACAAUCAUGGCUGAUGCAUGCAGCUACGCACCCAAGGAUCUCAAGGACGAAUGGGGUCAGUACAGCCCGUGGUUCAAGAUGUUCUUGAAUGCACGCAAGUGGGUUGGCUAA